AUGUCGAAACCCAAGAAGCCAAAUGCCUUGCCCAAGGCACCGCGGAGAGAUCCGUUGGCAUCCUUGAAGCUGGCCAAUAUGCUCAUAUCGAAACCCGUCUUUCCUGCAGAGAUCCUUGCCACAAUUGUCAGUUACCUCGAUAUGCCAGAUUUGUUGCGAUUUGCCAGGGUAUCUAGGCGUAUGUGCGAGAUGGUCUAUGAUGAUGCAAAAUGGGUGCAGAGACUUCGCCAGAUGGGUUGCUGGGAUGAAGCAGAGGCCAAAAAAAGAGCAGACUCUACAAAACACCCUACCACCCCUGGCCAGACACGCACCCCCAUCGACAGAAACGUGGUCAACGGAAAAGGUCGGCCUGAACUCCUUUUCGACGUUGAUGCAUCUCCCAUCGCCCAGCGAGGACAAAGCAAUCUCAGGUCUCCCAUUCGACCCCGUCCUGCCAACGCCGACGGCUUUGAUAUCGCUCAGUUGGCCAGCCCCAAAGCAACCAAUCCGCCUGCGCUACCGUCUGAAAGUCAUAUACCUCUCACAAUCUUUCGUCACGUCAAAUCCAUCAGAGGCCAGGCUAGGCGAGAGUAUGGCAAGAUAUAUGCUGCUCUUGGUCCGUACUAUAACAACUUGACGACUGUGUCCAAUCCCAUGGACUCAACGAUCUUCACACGUUUGACCGCCCCCGAAGAUCAAGCACAGCUUCUGGCCAAUCUCAAACUCUUUGCUUGCAGCGACUUUUCUCCUCUCGCCCCUAGCAGAGAGCUCCGUUUGCAGUCCACGAUCGACCUCUUCGACACCGCUGCCCUACUCGAGUUUCGUAAGGGCUAUGAGUUCAAGGAUAUCCAAGGCCGAAUGCGUCAGUAUGCGAAAGUCAUGCACACUUUGAAUGGUGGCAAGAGCAGCAUCGAUCUUUUUCUCAACGACAAUAACCUAGUCUCUCAAAAGGUCAAUCUUGGCACAGCGUCCGAUUGCGUGGACUAUUCUCUUGGUUAUGGUCAGCUGUCGCUUGAAAAAGUUCAGGCUUACUUCGAGAGAUUGGAAGCUGCAUUCGCUCAAGAGAACGCGGUUGUUCAAACAGUAUUUCCUGACCCCAAGGAGGUUUCCCUACGACUUAUUGAGGUGGUUGGUAGCGAUAUUCUUUCUCCAUUCCUCUCACAUCUGUUUGAUGAUGCCCGUAACAGAGGCUCUUCCAUGUAUCUCCGGACCAUUUCGGGCACUUUAGCUGCCACGAAACAGUUUAUUGGAGACAUCGCAUUGCCCAAGGAUGUCGAUGAGGCAACCACCAUCAGAUGUAACGCCGUCCUCACUCAAAUUUUCCAACCGCACCUCCAGGCCUAUCUAGCUGAAGAAAUUUCAUUCUUCCGGGCCAAGGCUAAUUCGGAAGUCGAACAAUGGGAUAGGGCACUUUCCCAGCAAGCAGAAUCAACAGAAGACUUUCUCAUGUCUAAUGUCAACAAUCGUCAGGCAGAUAAAAAGGAUUUCAUGUCAUCCUUCAAGAAGGUCGUCAUGAUGCCGGUCAACAUCCUCCCCAGCUUUUCCAGCACCUCGUCACAGAAAUCGCCCGCGAAAGCUAUGGUCAAUGGAGAAGCAGUCCAUUCUCGUGCCUCGACGCCCAACCCGUUCGGAGUCCGCACUGUGACACCCUCACUCCCCAGUGAAGCCCCUACCUCUGAACUAGCCGCCAAAGCUGCACUCAUGACGACCAAAUUGGAGAACAUCAAGUCGCUCUUCUCCAUCGAGGUGGCGCUUAAUCUCGUCCAUGCCGCGAAAUCGUCUCUUGAACGAGCUGCACAGUUCGUCAGUUUGGGUGGCGAAGUUGGAGAGGCUGCCCGCCUACAGUGCACUGCCAUUUUUGUGCUCCUAGUUCAGUCCAUCGGCGACCGACACGUCAAGUCAGGCUUUGACAAAGCAAUCGACCAUCUUGCAGCCUACAGCCCUCGGGAAGCCGAUAGCAAAUCCGCUCAAGUGGCCCCACUAGCAACAUUCCUCGAACUCGUCAAUGUAGGCGAUCUCAUCCAACAGAUGCUCGACGUGUUUUACGAAUCCGAGCUGGUGCGUCUUCAAAUCUCCAAGCGAGACGAUUUCCUCGACGUCAAUGUCAAAGAAAAGAAAAAGUUCGAAGCCAUGCUGGACGAACGUGUUGCAGCGGGACUCAGUAAAGGCAUUGACGUGUUAAUGGACGAAGUCGAAUACAUCUGCGCGACCAGCCAACAAGCGACCGACUUCUACCCCGACCUCGCGGUCGCCGAAGCAGGAGGCGGCAUGGCCAAAGCCCCGAUUGUGAUGGAUUUCUCUGACAAGCCCACCGCGACGGCAUCGCGAGUCAUCUCACUCGUCAGCCACCACACCAGCAUGCUGACCGGGGCGACGGACAAGUCGCUCUUGGACGUGUUUACCACAGAAGUCGGACUGCGACUUUUCACCGCAGUGACGAAACACAUCAAACGACAGCGGAUCUCCACCUCGGGUGCUUUGCCGCUGAUGGCUGACCUCGGCGCAUACGCCAACUACAUUGCAACCCUCAAGAACAACGACCUGACAUCAUACUUUGUGGCGUUGCGUGAGGUGGCACAGAUUUUCCUCAUCGGUGGCGACAGCGAGCGUGACGUCAAUGAAAUGGCCACCAUAAUCAGCGACAGCGAACGCUACCGAGGUAUUUUUACGGUUGACGAGGUCGUCGAGUUCGCCGAACGCAGAGCUGACUGGUUACUUGUCCGAGGCCGUGUCGAGAAAAAGGUCAGUGGCGAACAGUGUCUUGUCAUGUGACCAAGAGGAGGAAAUGGAGCAUAUAGACCUUGACAGACUGGCGGUCAGUGGUCAUGGUGAUGAGAUGAAAUAGAUGUCAAGAGAAAUGAACCGUUAUGAAAAAAAAGAGGGCAUAAAUGAAUGUGACGAACUGACCAUACAAGUCAUUGGAGUAUGAUGGGUUUGGAGCUAGCGUCGAUUAGACAUGCAGCAUUUAUUUGAUGGGAAUUUAUUGCUUCUCUGGGUCUCCCCUCAAGGAAGAAUGCAUACAUGAAUGAGCAAU